CUCAUCGUCAGUCGAUUUCCGCGCUCCGAUCGAAUUGCCGCACAAAAGUCAUGCUUGUGCUUGAAAAUUACAAUCCCUUAAAUAAUAUUUGAUAACUCGUUCCAUUAACGAAAAAAGUGAUAUCAAUCGUAUAAAUUGUUUCUACGUUCUAUCAAUGUGUUCUAUUAAAAAAUAGUCUCCAAUAAACGUGCGGUGCUUUUAGUUUCCAUCACUUUCGGACACAAAACGUUAUCGUGCGAUCGGAUAAAAAAUGGAGUAACGACGGAAGAAAGUCAACUGAUGAAGCAAUCUUUUGAGAUUUUUAAAACAUGCAAAGAAGAACAAUUUGUAUAAAGUGCUAAUAAGUUAUUUCAUUCGAUUCGAAUUGAUGGAUGUCAUUAUGAACGUAAGCAGAAGUUAAGCUCGAUUUGGAUCGAAAAAGACCCUAGUGCACGGUCAAGGUUAACAAAUAUAACAAAGCCGUUCAUUCGCCAGGCAUUCGAAUUUCGAAACGUUAAGAAAGUGGAGUUAACCACGUCGGCCUGUGAACGACUCAAUUAAUGUAAAGAUGGGAUUUUCCAUUUAUUCUUCAACAUCAUUGGAAGUACUCUAGCGUACUCUACUUGAUUCAAAUGGUCACCUAGUGAACUACAUAACGCUGUUACAAGAGAAAGAAGGAUAACUGGCCAAACUUUCGGAAAUCUGUCAAAUCCGAUCAGACUGAAAUUUCACGAACACCUUCAUUUCGCAUAAAAACAAUGUCUACGAGAAGGAUUUUUGGCAAUUCGAAAGAUGGACGCGCAUUUAUAAAACGCCCUGCAGUGAACACUGUACAUUUGAAAAAUAGGACUAUGCUGAAUAAGAAGACCUAUCAAAAAUAUGACAAGUGGGAGGAAUGAAUCAAAAGAAAUUCCACGAUGACAGCCGUUAACGAAUUGGCAGAGAACAUAGCAAUGACCACUCUACCAGCCUGUGACAAUCUGACCAACUUCGUCGGUCAUUCCCGUGGUCUCGAUCUCGCCUUGGAUUCUCGGGCAUGGCAUAACAUCAGCGAAUUCGAUCAUCUACUUCAUUCCAGUCAGCUAAAUAACUCGACGUGCUUGGAACACGCGCCACAAUUAACAAGAGGAACCGUGUUCAAGGUUAUCGUUCUAUCAAUCAUGGGAAUCCUCAGUUUCCUGGCGAACAUAGCAACGAUCUACUCGGUCGCAAGAAAUCACCGCCGCCAGCAUAGCUGGUCCGCAAUUUACACACUGAUAUUACAUCUGGCUGUAGCUGAUCUGUUGGUCACUGUGUUCUGUAUAGGCGGAGAAGCAAUGUGGAGCUACGCGGUAGCCUGGAUCUGGGGAAACGUUGCGUGUAAAAUUUUCAAAUUCUUGCAAGUCUUCAGCCUGUACCUAAGCACGUUCGUACUAGUGCUGAUCGGCACAGACCGCUUCAUUGCCAUAAGAUAUCCCAUGAAAGGACUGAACACGUCUCACAGAUGCUCCAAGCUAAUUAUCGUGAUCUGGAUAUUAUCUUUCAUCCUAGCAGCCCCUCAGGUUAUUGUAUUCCAUGUAGCCAAGGGUCCAUUUAUUGAAGAAUUCUUACAAUGCGUAACCCAUGGUUUCUAUACAAAACCCUGGCAAGAAAAACUUUAUGUAUCUCUUAGUUUAGUUUUCAUGUUCAUUCUUCCUUUAAUUAUUCUUGUAACAACCUAUGUUUCUACAGUGAUUACAAUCGCCCAAAACGAAAAAAGUUUUAAACCAGGAGUGAAUAGCAAUAGUGAGUACCAUAUGCACGAAGAUUUAAACAGAAAAAAAUUGAUGCAUCGAGCAAAAGCAAAGUCAUUAAGACUGAGUAUCGUGAUUGUAGCUGCCUUUAUCAUUUGGUGGACUCCUUACUAUGUCAUGAUGAUCAUUUUUAUGUUCCUCGAUCCCGACGAACAUCUCAGUAAUGAUUUACGAGGUGGAAUCUUCUUCUUUGGUAUGAGCAACAGUCUAGUAAAUCCAUUAAUAUAUGGCGCGUUUCAUCUUUGGCCUAAAAAGAAACGCCAGAAUUCCUAUCACAGGGACAUAUCAACGACACAACGUAGGAUUACGCCAACGAUCAACAACGAUAGCAACUACAGACGAGGAUCACGGGAAUCUCGAGUACCAAUUCUUGCAAAGAAUAUUUCAGACACUACUAUUUGAACUCAUGAAACACGAAGUAGUUAUAUAUCCUAGUUUCUACAGGAGACUUUCUGUGACGAAAAGAAAUAUUUUCGUUCUCACGUUUAUGCAACAAAGUGACACAGUUAUAUAUGUACUGUUAUAAUCCGACUGUGUGGCACAUUUGAUUUAAUAACAUUAAUUUUUCUAUCAACUUUACAUUCUUAUCUUCAUAACACCUGUUGAUCAUGCAUAAGUGACUUACUCGUUUACAAACAUAUUCAAAGUCUAGUAUUGCUUUGAAUAUUAUACUCUAUUUUAAAUGUACGAUGUAAAUAUACGAUACACAAGAGUAAAAUGUAUUAUAUUACGUUACUACAGUGAAUUAAGGAAAAUAGAACUAUUUAUUUAAUACAUAUACUUGUUUAAAUAAUAAAAGAGAAAACGU